GCCUACAGUCAUUUUCCAGUGAACUAUUACUGUCCUCUCAAGCUCUUCCGUGUUCAGUCAAGAGGACUUGUCACGCCACUUCUUACGCAACAGCCCUAAAGAAGGAGAUCAAACGUUGUUUGUUUUGUUGGUAAAUUGCCUUUACAUUUCUUACAGGCUACAUUUGAAUCUGUCAGUGGGGAAUCAUCACAUCAAUGGGGUUAAAGAAGAUAAAGACUGAGUUUCUUCGCUGUGAGAGGGAAAAAGAAGGAUUUUGGCCGGGAUGCGUGACGAAUCUCUCUGAAAGUCAGUGGGACCUGGACAUCAGAGAAGACAGAUAGCUCAAAGAAGAAAUGUUGGAUGAAGAUAUCUCAUUAUAUAGAUGCUGUCGAAUUCCUCGGCCAAAUCAAAAAGAUUGUGUCGGAAAAUCGCGACAACAAGAUACCUCUUGCAAAGCCGAAAAGUUCCAAGUUGAGAAUCGGGGGUCUGGAGGACACUGUUCACGCUGGAGAUGGUGAACAGUUAGAAGUUUGGAAAGACUGCUACCUUCCAAAGAGAAUGGAGAUGGUGGUCAUUGGUGCCCUGGAUGACUUCCGCUGUUCGGCAGCAGGAUGGCAGCUGGUCCUCCUGUUAUGUGAAGAUGGCAAUGUCUACGCCUACGAGUUUGAAGUUCUACACCUUGUUGCCAGAAGCUUGGAGGAUCUCUUUAAAUCUGGAGCAGAGUUCCCAGGACUGGAGAAACACAGAUUUGGAGAAUGCUUUGAGGAAUUGACUGAGGAAGAGAUGAAGAAAGAGAUGCAAUGUGUUGAAAUAAAGAAAAUCAAUGACGAGCAUAUUCAGUUCCGAAGAAGUUUGGAGAUUGAGAUACUGAGGAAUCUCAAAGCAAUCAGUCAAUCUGAGCCAACCUUUCAACCCAACAAAGUGGUUAGCCAAGUCGGACCGAAUAUUCAAGGCCUUCAAAGGAAGGACAACAAAGGAAGCAGGACAACUUCAAUGGCUCAGACACAAGAGGAUUACAAUCCUCACAAGAGGAUUACAAAAAGAAAUCCAGCCCCGUCGCGGACCAGGAUGCCUUGCUCCAAGACAUACUAAAUAACGUCUUUG